AUGGCUCCCCGGAGGAAGACCAAUAUUGUGGUUGUACACGACAACAACUCGAAUGACAAGAAGGCAUUAAGUAAACCCUGGUUGAUAUUUGUUCUCGUCGUCAGCAUCAUCGCCUUCAUCCUGGCCAUCCUUGCGGCUGUAUGGCCCUUGUAUCUCAAGUACAAACGCGUACGCGCCGCGAAAGAGGCCACGAACGCCGAUGGCGAAAUCCCACCCGAAGAAGAUACCGCCAUCAAUGGUGCCUCCACCCUCGAGACGCCAAAACGGAAAGAACACCUAUAUUACGAGAGCAGCGGGUACGAGGCGACCCCGGAUCAGAACCAGACUUUGCUAGGCAACGCGGAAGGCGCUCCAAUUACCCACUGGGACAGUGACUCGGACGCCGUUGCAGGAGUUCAGCGGCCUGCGAGCAUAGCUAGCGCCUAUACUGCGCCGCCACCACGAUACGAAUAG